CUUCCGACGAUGGCGUUCCCCUUUCUCGCUUUUCGCGUCUCGGCCUCUCUUUCCUCCGGUACACAUGUGUUCCCCUUCGCUGCGUUGCGAUUUGUAUUCAGUGUACGGCAGCCAAACCACUGACGUGGAUGCUUUCUCGCCUGUCUUCACUGCUACCAGAGACUCUUUGAGACACACUGCCUUUCCAAGCCUGGUCAACUGAAAGCCACCGUCGCUGUAGCUCGAGAUGUGCGGAAUUUUUGCUUACCUAAACUACUUGGAGCCGAAGACCCGGCGUGAGAUAUUGGAGUUUUUGAUCAAAGGACUGCAAAGGCUUGAAUACAGGGGAUAUGACUCUGCAGGUGUCGCCUUCGAUGAAGACUCGACUGGCGACCAAAUCUCUAUCAUCAGGAAGAUCGGCAAAGUCAAGGUUCUCGAGGACUCAAUUUGGAAGAGGGAAGACCUGAACAUGGAUGAGGAACAUCAGAGCCACAUCGGUAUUGCGCACACUCGAUGGGCUACCCACGGGGCACCGAGCGACCUGAACAGUCAUCCACAACGAUCAGACACUGGCAAUGAGUUUGUGGUUGUGCACAAUGGCAUCAUCACCAACUACAAGGACAUCAAGCAGUUCCUGAUGCAGAAAGGUUUCCAGUUUGAGUCUGACACUGACACUGAAGUGAUUGCCAAGUUCAUCAAGCAUCUCCAUGACACCCACCCAGAAUUAUCCUUCAGAGAACUGGUGGAGCAGGUCAUUCAGCAGCUGGAAGGGGCUUUUGCGCUGGUCUUCAAGAGCAAGAAAUUUCCAAACCAGUGUGUUGCCACAAGGAGAGGAAGUCCACUGCUUGUUGGUCUGAAGACCAAAACAUAUCUGUCUACAGAAUUUAUCCCCAUAUUGUACAGCAAGGGUGGUGGUGCGUUCGCUUUCACCGAUGCCUCUUUGACCUGUGCUGUUGGGUACCACCGCCCUAGGGAAAGCCAUCCACCGACCACUGCUGGAGGCCUUCAGCGAACUGCAUCCACCACGGAGUUUGGACCUCCGGGCGAUGACAAGGAGAUUGAGUACUUCUUUGCCUCGGAUGCCAGCGCCAUCAUCGAACACACCAACAGGGUGAUCUUCCUCGAAGAUGACGAUGUCGCAGCCGUGUCUGAAGGACAUCUCACCAUCCACAGACUCAAGAGGACUCUGGACGAGAACGUGAACCGUGAAAUUAUUACUCUAAAGAUGGAAAUCCAGCAGAUCAUGAAGGGCAACUUCAGCUCUUUUAUGCAGAAGGAGAUCUUUGAGCAGCCAGAGUCUGUGAUCAACACCAUGAGGGGGCGGCUCAACUUCGAGAAGGAGUCGGUCAUCCUCGGAGGUAUCAAGGACUACAUUGCCGAGAUCAAGCGCUGCAGGAGGCUCCUCCUGAUUGGUUGCGGCACCAGCUAUCAUAGCGCCAUCGCUACUCGACAGAUCCUCGAAGAGCUCACUGAAUUGCCUGUCAUGGUAGAACUGGCCAGUGAUUUCCUGGACCGUAACACCCCUAUUUUUAGGGAUGAUGUCUGCUUCUUCAUUUCCCAGUCAGGAGAGACUGCGGACACGCUGAUUGCCCUGCGAUACUGCAAGCAGCGGGGAGCCCUGAUUGUGGGUGUUACCAACACUGUGGGCUCGAGCAUCUGCCGAGAGAGUCACUGCGGCGUGCACAUCAACGCAGGACCUGAGAUUGGAGUGGCCAGCACAAAGGCAUACACAAGCCAGUUCAUCUCCCUCGUGAUGUUUUCCCUGAUGAUGUGCGAAGACCGCAUCUCCAUGCGGCCGCGUCGUAGCGAGAUUAUUCAGGGUCUGCACAGGCUCCCUGACCAGAUCAAGGAGGUGCUAAAGUUGGAUGAUGAAGUGAAGCAGCUGGCACAGCACCUCUACCAGCAGAAGUCUCUCCUGGUCAUGGGCCGCGGCUACAACCACGCCACUUGCCUGGAAGGCGCUCUGAAAAUCAAGGAGCUGACAUACAUGCACUCUGAGGGCAUCCUAGCCGGAGAGCUAAAGCACGGUCCCCUGGCCCUGGUGGACAAGGCCAUGCCAGUCAUGAUGGUGCUCACCCGCGAUCCUGUCUUCCCCAAGUGCAUGAAUGCCCUGCAACAGGUGACGGCCCGCGAUGGCCGUCCGAUCGUGAUCUGCGAGAAGGGGGACGAGGAGACCAAGAAGAUGAGCUUCAAGUCCCUGGAGGUGCCCCACACCGUGGACUGUCUGCAGGGCGUGCUCACCGUCAUCCCCCUCCAGCUCAUGUCCUACCACAUUGCUGUGCUCAAAGGAUGCAACGUCGACUGCCCAAGGAAUCUGGCCAAAUCUGUGACAGUCGAGUGAGGAGGCGAAACAAGAGGUCUACCCUGCACUGCAGAUUUUAUACUGAACUUCACUUCUGCAUUUUUUUACAUUUCUGACAUGCUGCUAUCCAUGCACGAGUCGUAUUUUGUUUGUUCUUGCUUCUAUAAUUUAUGUUCAGUGUUCCAAAUGAGCUGCUACAACAGGUCACUUUAUUUUAAGGCUCAGAGCUAAUGGUUGUCAAAUAAAAGCAGCCAUUUGACAUAUUUAGUUAUGCAAGUUAUACAACUUGAGGCUUGUGCAAUUUUGUUUCCAACAUUUUGUCUGUGUAUGACCUGUUUUAUAUUAUUUGAGAAGGUACAGGGUUUCUCUUUCAUGCUUUUUUUUGCUUUUUUUAUUUUGAUAUAUGGCUAUAGAUCUUUAAUUGGCUUGUAAAUAUCUUGCCAAACUCAUUGCUGCUCUCUUUAUUAAAGGUGUUACAUCUCCUGUUAUAUGCUACAUAAUACAAUAUAUGAAAUAAACCAUUUUGAGGGGAUAUAC